AUGGUCUUGAUAGCUGCAUUCUGUGGUGAAUCAGUUGCUGAACGUGGUAACAACCAUGGAUUUGAACACUCCAAUAAUGGAUUUCAAGGUAACAACCAUGGAUUUGAACACAAUAAUGGAUUUCAAGGUAACAACCAUGGAUUUGAAGGCUCCAAUAAUGGAUUUCAAGGUAACAACCAUGGAUUUGAAGGCUCCAAUAAUGGAUUUCAAGGUAACAACCAUGGAUUUGAGGGCUCCAAUAAUGGAUUUCAAGGUAACAACCAUGGAUUUGAGGGCUCCAAUAAUGGAUUUCAAGGUAACAACCAUGGAUUUGAACACAAUAAUGGAUUUCAAAGUAACAACCAUGGAUUUCCAAGAAGCCUUCGUGCAAUUCGUGGAGCCGGAAUUUGA